AUUUGGAGUCCGAGCAGAAACGACAGCCCACGCAAUAAAGAAAAAACAAAACGACAGCGCGUUUUGAUCUCCUCGUUUGCUUAAAACUUCAGAUCGAAGGCCAACAGCGACGUCAAUCAAACUCCGACAACGCACUCCAGCGGGACUGAAAAUUUUCAGGGAUACUCUUAUUUGACUGAAAUACUGCAAAAGUUUGAAUGUUCGAGCUUUGGGAUUGAAAAUGGUUCAUCACUCUAGUUUCGUGGAUGAGGAGGGAGUGAAAAAAGCUUGUGGCUGUCCUUUGCUUCCGUUGAAAAGUCAUAUAAAGGGUCCUGCUCCAGUUUCGGAUCAAGAUAGAACUGAUAUAGUUGAUGAAGCAAUCACGUUUUUUCGUGCCAAUGUUUUCUUUAGAAAUUUUAAUAUUCAGAGCCCAGCAGAUAAGCUCCUUAUUUACUUAACGUUCUACAUCAAUGUGGCUUUGAAGAGGCUUGAGGGUUGUAGAACUUUGGCUGAAGGUACUAAGGCAAUAAUUAACUUGGGUUUGGAGAAGGUUUCUGUGCCUGGAGAGUCUGGUUUUCCUUUCCCGGGUCUUUUUGCGGAUCCUCAAUCUCAGAAGGAAGCAGAGCUCUUCAGAAAGUAUCUUAAACAGACAAGGGAGGAAACAAGUGGGAGAUUACUGAGUGUCGCAUAUAGACCCAAUGGGACUCCAAACAAAUGGUGGUUGGCAUUUGCCAAGAGGAAAUUCAUGAAUAUCAUUGCUCUUUGAAUAUUUUGUUUAUAUAUUCAACCUAAGGUGACGAAUAGAAGCCUUAUAACAAGUUGUGAAUAUUCUUUGUUACCAAGCUAAAUAUGAAUGACAAUGCCUUCAAAACCAGCAGACAUGUUUUGUGUGCUUAUGACUGAUAUUACAGUAUAUUUGUAAAAUGAAGUUGAAGUUUCUAUU